CAGUCUUGAAUAACAAGAUGUAAACAAUGUGCGCUUAGUAUUUUAUUCAAUUUUUGUUAUUUAUUUAGUUAAUCUUUAAAUCCGGUGACAUUAGUUAUAUAAUAUAGAUUGUUAAAAUGAAUGUGCUUAAAAUAGGUGCUUCUAGUCGAAACUUCAAGGGUAUUUUAAAUUCCAGUCUGCUUAACCUUAACCGGAAUCCACCUGAACAUCGUCUUGCGAGAAAUUUUUGGACCUAUUGGUUAAAUCUUAUUUCUAACAGGGUUUAUCAAGAACGUAUUGAUGAUGUUGGGCCAGAGCAAGCUUGUGCUGAAUGGUUGAUUAGAAAUGGCUGUGAGAUCAAAUGGAGUACUAGCGAAAAGUUACAAGUUCAUUACGAGGACAUGCCCGAUAUCAAUGAAUCUACUUGGAUCCAAGGGAUCAAAGGAGAUAAUUCUUCGUUAAUGAGCGUCGGGUUUGAUCAUUUCAAAUCUAUUAAAGGCCCUGAAAAAAUCUUGUUUCGUAGAUGCCAUUAUUUAACAGACGAUGCUUUGGAAAAAUUAACAUUCAUUGGACAUUCUCUUCGUCAUUUACAAUUAAUUUCUUGUCAUAGUAUUACUGAUGAAGGAGUUUGCUCUUUAACUCGUCUUAGAAAAUUAGCAUUCAUUAAACUGUUCGAUCUUUCUUCUGUUAAAGAUAUUGAAGGCUGUCGUCAACAUUUACAAGAAGGUUUGCCGGAAUGUGUUGUUGAUUGGGCCAAAAUAUGAAUUGUGCACGCUGAGAUUCCCAAGCUUUUCGAAAUCUUUGGCCCUUCUCCACGAUCACAAGGAUAAUGUUGAUAUGGAAAUGCAACAAAUUUACAUUACUUUCAAGGCUUGCUGUUAACCUGCGUGUAAAGAUUUAAUCAUCUAAUCUUUUGAUGAUUAAUUCCACAUUAUUGCCAUAAUUAUGGUUUUAGUCUUGAUUCAGCUGCAAGCGUAGCAGGAAGCUUUUUUCAUUUCUCUUUGAAUAGCUUCAAUUUGAAUUAAACAUAAACUUGACAUGGAUAUUUGUUUUAAUUUAACAACUCAAAGAACAAGUGACUAUAAUUACUUUACCCGCAACUAAAGUAAAUAUUUUUGCAAAUAAACAAAAUCUGAAUGAUUACGUUCUUAACAACGAA